AUGGCACUGAGAGUGGCGAGGUGGGAGGAUGUUCAAACACUGUCAAUUAUUCUUGCAGGCUUCAAUGUGGCUCUUGCAUUCCAAGCCUGUCUAUCCACCCGACUUGCUCCCGAGGAUGUUCUGGUUUGGGGUCCGAGUCUGAUGACAUUGGUCAUCGAUGCAGGAGCGAUGGAGCAAUUUCUUACUCUAGGGCGAAAGAACUUCAAAAUCUGGUUGGCUGGCUUCUGGAAGGGAGCCAAGCCAGUGGAAGAAGAUGUUGAAUUAGAGCCAGUUAGGCCGGUGGAGCAGGAUCCAGCCUUGCCAGUGGAAGAGCGACCCGCUCGUGGCGCUAAACAACCAACCUCGACGUUUGUUGCUUUUGUGACAAUCACAUCAUCUCUCCUGCUUUUGAUGAUAUUUGGACUGCAGAUUGCAGGGCUAGUGGCAGCUUUCCAAGGACGGAAGAAAAAGGACGUUAGGGCAUCCUGGUGCUCACCAAUGUUCAGCCUCUUUGGAGUGGCUGAGUUCGACUCCAAUUGCGUCUUCCGAGAAAUAAGUGGAAGUCCCAACAAAGGGCUUGGAUGUAUCGAGCUGGACGGCAAACGACAACGAUUGUGGUUAAUGGUGACUUUGAUCUGCCUCUUGCUAUCAGUGGUUGUGCAGAUGGUGGAUCUCAUCCUCCUGUGCUCACGCUUUCGUCGGUGGGCUCCUUUUUCAUUUCUGGCCGUGAAUUUGCAGAGGCCAUGGGCCACAAUCACACUUGGUUUCGGCACGCUAGUUCUUAUUCUAGCAUUUGGGGCGAACGAUGCAUAUACGUUACCGUAUGGAAUCAGUGAAAACAUAUGGCUUGUUGUGGAUAGUGGAGAGCCGUUUGUAUGCACUGGGACACUCACUCCAGCUGGAGAGAGGGGCCAGUUUCUGGGUUGGCUGGAUGGUAUAUUCCAGUCAUGGGGCUCUGUAUAUUUUGGUCCUGAGACGUAA